CUUGUAUUUAAACAGCACAUUCAGAUUAAAGCAAUACCGAAUGAAAUAUUGGAAAGUUUGGAAUUAUUCAAUAUUUUUAUGUAUAUUAUUUUUGUUAAUUGUACAUUUGGUGGAUUCGGUAAUUGAAAAAGGUGAAGAGGGGGAAAUUCCAAAAGAUGUUAAAGGAAAGAUGAAUUUGGUGGAUUCUGUAAAUAAAAAAGAAUUUGAAGAAGGGGAAACAAGUAAUGCUAUAAAUGAAGAAAGUCCAAAAACUGUUAAAAAAAAGAAGAAAGUAACAUUCAAUUUAAGCAAACAGAUAAAGGUUAUACUUCCCAAAUCAAUGACAGAAGGUAAAAAUAAUGAAUUUUAA